AUGGUUAUAAUAACAAGUUGCUUGCAGACUUCAGUACUCUUCAGGAGAGCAGCUCUCAAGCCAGUUCUAAAGUGUCCAUUUAAAAGGCAUUUUUUUGGUUUAGGCACCGGUAAUCAUGCUAUUAGGGAACAACGGUAUGUCUUACGCAAGACCGUUAACACGCAUCCUAGUACUGUUUAUGCAGCUGUUUCUGAGGUUUCUGAAUACAAGGAAUUCAUUCCUUAUUGCAUUGAUUCAUUUGUGGACAAACGAAAUCCCGUAGAUAACAAACCUGUAAUUGCGGGGCUUCGAGUCGGUUUUAAACAGUACGACGAGGAAUUUUCAUGCAAUGUCUCAUGUAAAGAAAAGGUAAACGGGGAUAACACUUACACAGUUGUUGCUGAAACUAUAUCUCAUAAUUUAUACGAUCUAUUGUACUCGAAAUGGACUAUAAUGCCCCACCCAACUAGACCAAAUGCGACCAUGGUAGAACUUUUGUUGCGGUUUAAAUUUAAGUCUCGGAUAUAUAAUAGUGUUUCUCUGAUAUUUGCAAAGACUGUGACCGAAUUAGUGAUGAACGCCUUCGCUAAAAGAGCAUACCAUUUGGUAAGGCAGGCCAUGUUAAAAUCUUCAUCUAAAGAAACUCCUUCAUGA